GGGCGGAAUGAAAAACAGAGUAACGGUAAACUAACGGACCAGACUGACACCGUAGGAGAAAGGAAAGUAAGGAAAACCGACUCUUCUCAGCAGAAGAUCAUCCAGAGUGAUUUUACUGAUCUAAGUGGUAAAGGUGGUGAUGGGGGCUCCGGCAGUCUGUGUGGUCUUCCUCAGUGGAGUGGUCGUCUCUGUUCUCGGAGAUCCACACUCUCUGUACUACAUUUACUCCGCCCUGAACAAAGAUGUCCCUCUACCAGGGAUCUAUGAGUUCACAGCACUGGGUCUGCUCGAUGACCGGGCAAUCGACUACUACAACAGUAAGGAACAGGUUAAGAUUCCUAAGCAGGACUGGAUGAAGGAGAAGAUGCAGCCAGAUUACUGGGACAAAGGCACCCAGUCUCGCAAGAGCAAAGAGCAGUGGUUCAAGGUCAACGUGGACAUCCUGAUGCAGCGAAUGAGACACACAAAUAAUACUGUUCCAGACCUUCACGUUCUUCAGUGGAGACAUGGCUGUGAGAUCGAUGAAGCAGAUGGAAAUAUAACAUUUCUGAGAGGCAUUGAUGAGUACAGCUACGAUGGAAAGGAGUUCCUCUCCUUUGAUGAUGACAACAUGCGGUGGAUCGCUCCAGUUCCAGAAGCUGAGCCAACCAAAAGGAAAUGGGAUGAGGUGCCCAUCCUGAACCAGUACACCAAGGGUUACCUGGAGAAAGAAUGUGUGGACUGGCUCACCAAAUUCAUGGAGUACGGAAAAGAAGCACUGAGAAAACACUCCAAACCAGAUGUUCAUGCAUUUGCAAAGAAAUCUACAACUGACUCAGGCAAGCUGACCCUGACCUGCCUGGCCACGGGCUUCUACCCCAAAGACGUGAAGAUGAGUGUGAGGAAGUUCCGCACUUCACUGCCUGAACAUCUAGUAACAUCUUCAGGAGUCAGACCCAAUGGUGAUGGAACCUACCAGCUGAGGAAGAGUGUGAAGAUCCAGAAGGACGAUACAGCAGAUUAUGACUGUUAUGUGACUCACGUCACCCUCGAAGAACCGAUAAUUAAACAAUGGGACAAACUGUGCUUUGACUGCCAGAGUUCAGGACUGGUUGGAGCAGUGAUUGGCGGAGUGGUGGUGCUUCUGCUGAUUCUCGGUGGGAUCAUCUUCGCCCUUAUAAAGAAGGGGAUAAUUGGAACUCCAGAACAGAGGAAGUGAAUUACACUGGAACUCCAGAUCAUUCAGGAUUCCACACCAGACUUUCUUACAGCACAGACUCUUUUCCUUUCUUUUAUCAAGUCCGUACUUUUACAUCACUGUUACGUUAAAGCUGCACUAUGUAAGAUUUGGGUAUUUGGAGACCUCUCUGGUGGAAACGUGUAACUGCACACAACAUGUAAUUUUGUAACAUGGGUCUGCGCGGGACUGUUUUUUCAGUUUCGCUCUCACAAGAUUUCAUCCUGCUCCCAUAGAAAAUCGUAAUCGUUUGUACCGUUCAAGCCCACAACUGAAAUGUGUUUUCCUGCUUCCGCCCACACAGUUCCAUCAAGGGGAAGUGACAUUCAAUAUCUGACACAGUUUAUUCAGAAAUACAUUCUUCUCUGCUGAAAUAACACAGCAGUCAUGGUCAUCAGGCUCACUGUGAGUAACUUCACCAAACGCCAUUUAUGCACCAUUUAAACACAAAGCAGGAAUUAAACCACAGAGCGGCUAUAUUUGGUGUUUUGCGGGGCAGCUGUGGCCUUCGUAUCAUUUAGGGGUGGUUCUGCUUUAUUCGGGCUGUUCAUUAGUUUGUGGCACUUCUCUUCAUGUGUGCUUCAUCCCGCUCCCGCCUGCAGUGGGCUGGUUUCCCUCCCGCUUCCACUCACAACACUGAAAAUUAGACCCAGAAGGCAUUGUGGCGGGUCCAGCGGGAAUCCGCAGGAUUGCAGACCCCUACUUCAAACCCCUUCCCUGAGGAGAUGAUUCUGAUGACUGAGAGUAAGACGCGUCUUCUGAGGAUGUGAAUCAAUAAUUUACUGUUGUCAUCAUUUCUUCAUCAGUAUAAUGUUAAUUUAAUGUUGAUCAUUUGAGGCGUAAACAUCGAGGCGGACCUUCUUUUUGAGUCUGUGUAUGUGACGUUAAAUGAAGUUAAAAUGUGAAGACGUACAAUGUGGUGUGAAAAACUCUCGACAGGGUGACUCAGAGUGGCGCACACUCACCGUAUUUUAGCCUAAUUUUGUUCUCCUCACUCAGUAAUGAUACUUAUUUCAGUUUCAACAAAAACAACCUACAUAGUGCAGCUUUAACAGAAAUCCACCAUAAUAGAAACUACAUUCCAGUACUCUUAAUGAUAAACAUUCAGUUUAAGCAUCAAAGAACAGCUGAAUAUUUAGUUCCUCUAACGUAGUACAGUGGAUCUUCACUUAAGCAAUAACUGAACAAAGAUGGAAACAUUUUGAUUUAUGAAUAGAAAAGGAUUAAUACAUCGUUAUAAUGAAAGAUUAUUCAUUUUAAUAAGUUUAUAAUAAUGCAUUUAUUAAGGCAGAUGGUAAUGUCUUUUUUAUUCUGCUAAGUUUUUAGCAUAAGUUCUCCAAGCCAAAGAUUUAUACACAGAACAUUAUUGCUUCCAUUCAAGCUUUUAUG